AUGAUUACGAUAGACAAACUUGAAUUGCUCGAUACUGGAACCCAGAUAUACUUGUUAACUGUUUUCAUUUUGAGUCCAGUUUCUGUGUAUUUCUUGUACAAGCAACAUAAAGGGUCCUGGAGAAAGAAGCAUGAGUGGGCCACCAAUUUCGUCGCAAUUUGCAUAAUCAUACUAAAUAUUAACGCGUGGUACUUUCUAAUAUGGAGCUUGAAACAACAUGGUGACAGAUUGGAUAGGUCCCUGUUGCACAAAGAACUUUUGAAAAUGAACUUUGAACCUAUCAAAGUGUCAGGAUUCACUUUCGAUGGUGAGCGACAGCACCUCCUAGCAACUUUGCCACAAGAUUCGCAUUCAGAUAUGGAAUCGAAUCAGCAGCAUGACCAACUGAAUGCAGUAGAAGAGAAGCCAGCUAAUGAUCAACUGAAUACACAAGAGGAGAAGUCAGCCAAGGAGAAGUCAGCCAAGGAGAAGUCAGCCAAGGAGCAAGGCAAGUCUGGAAGACGAGAUACUGCAGAGUCUUUUAAUGCUGACGGGCUGUUUGACUGUAACACAAUUCUAGUGAGGGAUGAAACAAGUAUUGCUGCAUCGAAAUCAUACGACUUGAACCAAGAAUCUGAUUUGAAACUCUUGAGAGACCAAUUGCAAGUGCUAUCAAAAAACAAAGAUGCCUAUAAGCUAUAUUUUCAGGAUGAUCCAAGUCAACUGGAGGAGUACAUUCUUCGAAAGAAAUGGUUCAAGUUUUGCGGGAGCGCGGUUUGGAUGGAUCAGUAUAAGGUUUACUUCAUGGUUAAUCGAAUAGUGUACGCCAAAGAUGAGAGACGAAAUAAUCCAACAAUCUCGGUAUUAUCUGGUCAAGUCUUUGAUAAAAACUGGCGUGAGAUUAAGGGCUUCAAAUUUCCUCAUUCUGACUUGGUUUUUCCAACUAUAUUACCUCAUGAUGUGGAUUUGGGGACAAGAGAGGAAAAAGUUGUUAUUGGGAGCGAAGAUCCAAGGAUCAUUUUGAAUGAGUACAGAAACUCGGAUGGAGAUUUGAUGCAAGAGCCGCUCAUCAUCUUUAAUGCGAGAAGAACUAAAGUGAAAUGGGCCCGUGCAAUGAAUAUUUACCGACCUUUCAACGAUCCCCAAGAAGUGAUCUGUCUUGGAAUCAAAGACAAGAAGAGAAGUUUCAUUGAAAAGAACUGGGCACCAUUUAUUGAUCAUUUCAACGGCGAGAAUGACGGCAACUCCAUCAAUUUCAUUUACAACUUCAAUCCAUUGAGGAUUAUAAAGUGCAGUUUGCAAACUGGGGAAUGUGUCAAAGUGUCGGGACCGAGAUUUAAUCCCAUUGACGCCAACGACAAUGCCGGUGUUUUACGAGGAGGGACGAACAUUAUACCGAUACCCGAUGAGUUUCUUCCUGAUACGGAGGUUACCAGGAAUCGGAAGUAUUGGUUGGGUAUUGCACGUUCUCACAAUAACGACUGUGGCUGCAUGCGCGAAUUGUAUCGACCUCAUCUAUUCUUGAUGGCACGAUUGUUGACCAAGGAAGAUUCGUUUGAGCUAGUUUACGUCAGCUCCAUGGUUGAUUUCAACAUCAAUCCUGAGCCGUGGUCCAAGGGACAUUCAAGCAAAGGGACAUGCAGAGACGGAAAACUGGUGUUAAUCCCCAACUCAAUUGCGUACUGGGACGUUGACUAUCGCGACGAUGCGGAUUACUUGGGAGUGACAUUUAGUGAGGCUGAUAGAACAAACAAACUUGUACAUGUAAAGGGCAUCCUUAAGCAUAUACAUAAAGUGUUACAUGAUUCAAAAAAGAGAGAGGUGAAGGAUGCUGGUGUAGGAGAAAGUGCAGAGCCAGCUGAACGUGGUGCUGGCCGCAAAACUGGGGAAAUUGAGUUGUGCAAUAAACUACUUGGAUUCUGCUCUACGUAUCUCGCAGGGGAAUAUUGUGAGGUUGCAGAAAAGAUGUUUGCGUGGUGA